AGGAUCACAUGAAAUAAUAUAUGGGAACAUCAAAUAAGCAGAGUUAUUAUGUUAGCUGUUAUAUGCAUGGGAGAGCUAGAUGAUGCAGUGGACAGAGCAUCAGGUCUAGAGUCAGGAAUACCUGAGUACAAAUCUGGUCUCAGACACCUAGUAGCUAUAUGACCAUGGGCAAGUCACUCAACCCUAUUUGGCUCAUCUGUAAAAUGAUCUAGGGAAGGAAAUGGCAAAGCAAUCUAGCAUUUUUGCCAGGAAAAAAUGACAAAUGGGGUCAGAAGUUCAAAUCCCUCAUUUUACAGAUGAAACAGACAGAAGUUAAGUAACUUGUCCAAGGUUCCAUAGGUAAUGAUUAUUAGAAGUGAGAUUUGAAACCAGUUCUUCUGACUCCAGCAUCACUGGUUUUUUUUCCUCACUAUAUAAAUUUGGGGUUCACUCUGUGAUAAUGGACCAUUUCCAAUGUAGUUGUUAUUUGAAUUUUCUGGGAUAUUUUGAGAUAUCCCUUCUAUAGCAUGACUUUCCCCAUCAUGGUUUCAAAAUACAUUGAUUGGCACAAAAAACUAAAUGGGAAUUUGUUGGGGAUUUUGUGGAAGCUAUAGAUGACAUGCAAAGGCCAACAAAUGGCACAGAAAAUGUUUAGAAAUUCAGGAAUGCAUAAAAUAUAUGUAUAGUAUGUUAUUAUAUCAACAUAUUUUAACUUUUAAUACCAUAAAUAUGUAAAGUUUCUUUUUUAAAGUUAAGCAAAAAGUUAAAGUUUAUGAAAAGAAUGUAAAAUCCAGCAAACACACAAUGACUAAAAAUGUAGAGAUAACUUUAAAAGUUUGGUAGCUCAUAAAUUAUAAAAGGUCAUGUAAAUACCUCAUAAGGAAAAAAAAAUAAAAAGAUUUCUUCUCUGGUAUUAAGGAAGGGCCCAAAAAUUUCAUGUGCAUUUUCCAGAUCAGAGAAAUACUGAAACCUUAAUCUUCAGGAUGUGGAAGGGAUACCUAUAUUUAUAGUAUGGAGAUCUAGCACUUAUUAGUCCAUGAGUGAGUUUCAAGUAUAUAAUUCUAGCCACAACAUCAUGUUUUAAUAGUUAUUCAGUAGCUAAUAGGGCUUAACUCUUUGGAGUGAGGAGUUCAACAUUAUUGUUUCAUUAUAUAAUUUAUUAUCCAGUAACCCUCUGGAUCUUAAGAAAAACCCCUUUAUAAUUUCUGGUCAUGAAGACUUGAUGCUCAGUUGUUGUCAUAAACCAUUCAAUUUCUGACUAAAGGCAUUAAUUUCUGACUCAGGCAUUUAAUUAAUUCUUUGUUGUUGACAUAUUUUUGGCUGAGUUUGGGUGCAUGCUAUCCAUGAAGGUCCUUUUAAGUUAAUUCUUGGAUCUUGGUUAUUCCCCUGUCUUCAUUUGGAAGUAAAAAAUUUUCACUUACAUUCAAUGAUAGUAGUGUGGAACUGCUACCAGCCUUUACUCUUGUAAAGGAAGUGAACCUGGUUUUUCUAAAUGUAUUCCUAGAGUUUUUGCUCUGUUUUUCAUGUACUCUGAGUGUUUAUCAUCUCUCUUAUUCUUUGUCAUGGAAAAGGAAAUCUGCCUAAGGGUGAUAGGCACUGUCCUUUAAAAAUAUAUAUUGUGUGGAGCAGGCACCAUGUCCGGUCCUGAGGGUGGUAAGAAGAAACCUCUGAAGCAGCCCAAGAAGCAAACCAAGAAAAUGGAUGAGGAAGAUAUAGCUUUCAAACAAAAACAAAAAGAACAGAAAAAACUGGAAGAGUUAAAAGCAAAUGCUGCUGGGAAAGAAUCAUUCACCAGUGGUGGAAUUAAGAAAUCUGGCAAAAAGUAAAUGUUCCUGUGUAGAUAUGAUGGUGAUUCCUGUUGGUUUCUUUCUUGCUUUGUGACAUGUGCAUUUCCUACUUCAAUAUCUGUUGCCACCUACAGUCAAGAUUGUCAUUGUAAUGAGUCUAUUGUACAUUAUAAUAAACUUUUUUUAAAAAUCAUUAUAUAUAUAUAUAUAUAUAUAU